AUGGCGUUCAACGGCAUUCCAAUGAUAGCACGUUCGUCGGCAUUUCAAAUGGCGUUCGGUGGCAUUCCAAAGGCAGCUGGUAUAGCUUCUGAAAUCAUGGAGCACUCAACCAUGUCUGCCUUUCUUCUUCACAUCCUUAUUUUCUUCUUUCAAUCUCAUUUAGGAGUCUUCUCCACCACUUACACUAAACCCAGUAAUAGUAAUCAAGAUGUCAGCUACUUGAAGUUUGUGCACAAUGCAAAUAAGUUACCAGAAAAAGAAGAAUAUGAUUACAUAAUAAUAGGAGGAGGAACUGCAGGCUGUCCAUUAGCUGCAACAUUAUCAUCAAAAUUCUCCGUCCUCCUCUUAGAAAGAGGCAACAUUCCCAACAAGUUUCCUUCUGUAAUGAACAAACAAGGUUUGAUGAAUGCUUUCACUGACAAAGACAAUGGUGAAAAUCCCUUCCAACGGUUUGUCUCCGAGGAUGGCGUAGAGAAUCUAAGAGGGCGGAUUUUGGGUGGUAGUAGCAUGAUCAAUGCUGGAUUCUAUUCAAGGGCUCAUAAAGAGUUUUUUGAAACACAAGAAAUAAGUGAAUGGGACAUGGAAAUGGUGGGGAAAGCUUAUGAAUGGGUUGAAGAGACUUUGGUUUCUAAACCAAAUUUGAGUUCUUGGCAAUUUGCUUUUAGAAAGGCAUUGUUGGAAGUUGGGAUUGACCAUGAUAAUGGGUUUGAUUUGAGACAUGUUCUAGGGACUAAAAUUGGAGGUUCGAUCUUUGAUAACCAAGGGAAUAGACAUGGAGCUGUAGAGCUUCUUAAUAAGGGUGAAUUUGAAAAUCUUAAAGUUGCAGUUCAGGCUACAGUCAAAAGAAUUCUCUUCUCUGGUUUAUCUGCAAAUGGGGUUUUGUAUUCAGAUUCAAAAGGAAAGACACACACAGCAUUCAUCCAUGAGAAAGGAGAGAUAAUCCUAAGUGCCGGAGCCAUUGGUAGCCCUCAACUUCUCCUUCUAAGUGGGAUUGGCUCAACAUCUCAUCUUUCAUCUUUAGACCUUCCUCUCGUCUUUCACCAACCCCAUGUCGGACAAUUCAUGUCAGACAACCCUCGAUUCGGUGUCAACAUUGUGCUUCCAUUUCCUCUACCAACCACGACGGUAGAAGUCGUCGGAAUUUUAGAAAAGAAUACAUAUUUUGAGUCUUUGUCAAGCUUUAUACCAUUCUCAAUUCCACCUUCUUUUAGUCUUCUUCCUCCUCAAUCUACUUCCCUCAACAUGAGCUUAGUUCUCAUCAGUGGAAAGUUCUCCAAGGUUGAUUCUUUGGGGUUUCUUUGGUUGAAUUCUUCUACUGAUGUGCAAAAGAGUCCAAUGGUUCGAUUUAAUUAUUUUUCGCAUCCCCAUGAUCUUGCACAAUGUAUUGGAGGAUUAAGAAAGAUCCAAGAUUUGUUGAACACACAAACGAUAGAAAAUAUUAAGACACAAGAUUUGGAGGGCAAGAAAACACUUCAGUUUAUAGGGCUUCCAUUGCCGGAAAAUAUGGCAGAUGAUACUUUGGUUGGAGAGUUUUGUAAGAGAACGGUGACGACGUUCUGGCAUUUCCAUGGAGGAUGCGUGGUCGGAAAAGUUGUUGAUGGUAAUUAUAGAGUAAUGGGAAUCGAAAAUCUUCGUGUAGUUGAUGGCUCCACUUUCUUCGAGUCGCCGGGAACUAAUCCUAUGGCCACUAUCAUGAUGCUCGGGCGGUAUGUUGGCAUGAAAAUGCUCCAAGAAAGAUUGAAUUUAGCCUAA